AGAAGGUCACACAGAGUUUCGGUUCUCAUUCAUGUCAUCGUCUUCAUUUUGUAGAUGUUUAUGAGUUUGUGUCCAGCGUGAUGAAUAUGUUAAGAUUUACAGUUCCAUGCAGAGAGGGCAGAUUCACGACGCUCAAAGAGAAAAAAAACAUUUCUCUUGAGACCGUUGAUUCCCAGCGAUACCUCCGGAGCCUCAGCAAGGAGAACAUGCCGUUUGCUUCCCCCAAUCCAGAGAGAAUGACCAUACACUUCUACAAGGCCAACCAGACCGACAAGAACUUCAGAGGCAUGCCGGUGGUCCUCAACUUCACCGACUCCAAGAGCUUCCUCAAAUGCAGCAGACAGGACGAGGGGGCCAUCCUGCGAGUGGAGGCCUGUGACAAGCGUCGGCUGAGGCUGAUCUGCCAGCAGGAUGAGGCAGCCCUCGCCUUCCUCUUCUACAUGAAGGGGACGAUGAGCGGACAGCACCAGUUUGAGUCUGCCCUGUGCGAGAGCUGGUUCAUCCAGGUGUUGCACCAGGAAACCGUGCAAGUCACCCAUCAGCCGGCCAGUCGGCCAGCCAUGGAGGAAGACCCGUCCUUCUACUUUAACAUUCAUAGUUAUAGCAAUUGACCUAUGGUAUGACUUGGGAGUUGGAUAAAACUGCUGCGUGUGUAGCCACAUUGCAUGCUUCCUUUUGGCCAAGUUUGGUCCGUUUUAGAGUCACCAAUGGAUAAGUGUUUUGCCUGCACACCAAACACACAUGCACACAUCAACUCAUGCACAUACCUACGAUUUUAAGCACACACACUCACACACGUACACACACACACACACGCGCGCACACGCACAGAAAGACACGUGGCAAGACACACACACACACUGACCACAAAAAUGCAGUAGUGUGUAAUAAAAAGGGGAUCUGGAAAAGGUAGAAUUCUUGUCAAAGACUUCUUUGUCUGCGUGAAAUGUUUGACGUUUUUAUUGAUCAUUAACAACGGGUCAUGCUUUAACAAAGAAUUCUCGAACAUAACAGUUCAGAUAGCACAAACUUAUCAGAGAACACAAGGGGCUAUAGGUAACAAAUGUAAAAAAUCAUAAAAUGGCCACGAUUACAAUGCUACAGCCAGUUAGUUCUCGUUUCAAAUUUCCGUUUGAGGUCAAAUGUUUGUUUUUGUUAUGUCUGUUACGAGUGACAAUUCCCAGAGUACCUUGGGUGGCCAGAUAUGAAAGAAAUGGCACACAAACACAGCAUGCUGCAGCAAUGGAAGCAAGCACACAAACUUAAUGGAUUAACUGAGAUUGUACUAGAUUCCCCCAACCUUGAAAGCAUUGCUUGCUUCCGAAAAAGCUCUAGAGUUGCAUUUGAAAAAUAAUAGGUGCUUAAAUUGAUUUCAAGACAGUUUCUAAUUUGCAAACAAUAAAUAAAUUGCAAACCUUUACGUUAGCUGAUCAACUAACAGUGUCGGACAUGUUCUUGCUUGUUUUUCUCAUAAUAUAAUAAUUGCGCCCGUCUCAAACUAUAAUGAUGCACUCUUUUUGUACUGCGCUGGUGUUACUUCAGUUCCCUCAACCUGGCAACCCAUGUAGUAUUAAUUUUAAACGCUCUGUGUCAAUGUGAUGUAUUGUACCUUUAAGAGUUUAUUACCUGCCAUAUAUAUUUAUAGACUUAUAUUCUUCAAUAUUUUUUCCUUUUUAUUUUUGCCCUGUAAUAUUAGUAAGAAAAUACUUAAAAAAUAAGGGCAGAGAAUAAAACACCGUUGAAGGUCAUACACAAACAAAACAAAAUUGCAUUCACAUCACAAAUGAGUUCAAAUCAGACCCCCUCAAUGGAAAAAUCUGGUCUUUCUGCAUGGAAUUAUCCAGCUCCCACUCAUCGCGUGUUAUAACACACUGCCGUCUUUAUACAUAUAAACACUCUGAGAGGACAGAGGCCGGCGCCUUCUAACCCACGCCAGAAAAUGAUGUCACCUUCAUGUCGUCUGGAGGCUGUGGCGGUGCCCUCAGAGACCAGUGUUCUCUGCCUCGUCGGUCUGAUAGGACAGGUUGGUUAGGCCCGUAGCUUGUGGUGUGUAGGGGUUUUCCACCUCCUUGCUCUCCGGCUGUUGGCUGAGAACAAGAACACCAAUGUUAUUGCCUUACUGCUAGAGGUGCCUGUGUCUGUGUGUGUGUGUGUGUGUGUGUGUGUGUGUGUGUGUGUGUGUGUGUGUGUGUGUGUGUGUGUGUGUGUGUGUGUGUGUGUGUGUGUGUGUGUGUGUGUGUGUGCAUAUGUGUGUGUAUUGAUGCUUUGUGUGUUUGUGUGUUUGUUUGUUUGGGUGUGAGUGU